AUGACGUGGAAAGGAGGCAUAGAGCCACAAUUGGCGAAAUGGCCUGUUGCCGGCAGCGCCUCUGCAUCCGCUGCAUCGUGGUUAUCCUUCUCCGCCAGAUGCAGCCCCUGGUGCAGCUGUGCUCCCCCUGCCGGGGUCUUCACGGCCCUGAUUGGCGGUGCGGUGGGCGCCCCCCCGUCGUCCACCCCACGCUCAUGGCACGCAGGCCUGGCAGGCCUGGCAGCGCCCAAAUGCUACCAAGACCGUGAACCUGGAUACCUAAACUGCAAUGAGGAACGUGAGGGUGAUCAGCAGCCUAGUGUGCUUCCGGUGUCGCCCAACUGGGGAAGGUUGAGUGGCCAUGGUAAGCGAGCACGACUCCGCAAUUUGGUCAUGAAUCAUAUCGCGCUGCAUCAGCAGACUACACACCCUCUCCUUUCGCCAACCACGACGUCCAGCGACUGUCUCUCCUCAGCACUUCGUCCCCGCCCACACGAGGGCGGCGUUUGCAUUGCAGCCAGUGAUCGGGCGGCCUGGGGGAGCAACGGCUCGCCCUCAGCUGCUGCUGCGAAGAACGGUGAAGAGCCUGAGGGCAGCUUGAGCCUCUUUUUUGCUUUUCCCGGGCAGGGUUCGAACGCCCUGGGCCUGCUGCAUUCCAGGCGCCUGGGAAUAAGCAAGAUCCAGAUGCUUGCAGAAGGGAACAAUGGGCGACUUGCUGGGGAAAGGGGUAGCAGGCGCCACGAAACGCCGGGGUGAGGUCAUACUUGGCCUCCUGAUGAUCUUGUCAACCCAUCCCUUUCGCAGCACGGCGUUGGAAGGCCAAGUAUUGCUCUGCACUGGCAGAGCCAGGUUGACAACACUUCUCCUGCUAUGCACUUGCAACGCUGCUGAUGAUCACACUGAUAUGAAGAGCCUGCAGCGGUUGAUCUAGUCCCAGCAGGCCCCCAGCGAAUCUCACGAUACUUGUUACUCACGAAUAUAGUAUCAACUCCACAAUUCCAAGUCAACCUUGUCUGCACCUCGAGUUGGCCGACGCCCGUUGAGAUCCCAGGCUGAACCAGGUCCAGCCACGCAGAGCAAGCCGAGCCACGAGGCCAAGAUAUGGUCACUUGCAAAAAACGUCGCGUGGGGGUGAAAAUGUCCUAGGUACAACGCUGAGUGCCGUCACAGCACGCAGCACCCUUACCACGCCUGAAUCUCCCCGGCAUCAUCAAAUCACACCCCGAGGUAAGGA